GGAGAGUACUAUACAACCGCCAAUUCUCCUUUAGGGUUAACUCUACUUUUGGCGGGAAAUACGAAGCGGCUCAAGAGUCAAAAAUCAACUGAUGCGUGUCCUGCAAAAUCGAGAGUUGAUCUCAAAUCCAACGCUGUGCGCCGCCCUCUGCCACUUCCACCCACCCUCCUUCAUUGCUCGGUUGCGUCGAAAUGACGGUGUUGAGAUCUAGGGAGAUUUUGUCUACUCCCAAACGGAAGCCGUCGCAGGCAUCGGCUCCGAGAAAUGUUGUUGGUGAACCGGUGACGCCGCCGAAAACCUCUGAAUUCCUGAAUCCAUCACCGAAGUGUGUGUGUACCCCGAAGCGAGAUAUUCUCGAUUCCGAAAUAGGGUUUGUUGUUGGGGCCGGCUCAUUUGUGGUUUCUGAAAGUGUAAGUGUGCGAAGACACAGUUCUCGGUUGGCGAAAAAGGCGGGGGAGAAUGUUGAGGUUGGAAGUGGGAAACGGAAGAAAGUCGAGGGGACUUCUUUACCUUGUGUUAAUACAAGGAAUCGGAAGAGACAUGGUUCUGAUAUGAAAUUGGGGGUUGAGAGUUCAGAUGGCAAUCCUGAUGCAAAUAUAGUUUUGGAAGUUAAGCAGGAUUCGGAUGAUGGGCAGGAUUCGGAUGAUGGGGGUUUCGUGGAAUUGUUGAAAGACAGUGAGAAGAUUGAGGAUAGUGUGAGUGCUGCUAGGUUGGGAUUUGGUUAUGAUAUGAUUCAUUCUGUGAGGGAGACGCGGGAUAAUGGCAAAUGCAAGAGGCAAUUAAGCAUGGACAUGAAUGCUUUGGGCCCUGAAUCAUCUGAAAAGGAUAAGCUGGAGAAAGGCUUCUUGAGCUUGAGGUCAGGGAAGAGAGUUCCACAGAGAGAAAUAAAUAACAUUCAUACUACUGGUGAUUUGUUUCAAGGAAUUCAGCAUAGUAAAGAAGUUGGUGCGGUUUGUAGCGAUGAUGUACCGGUGAAGAGUAUCUCAGAGGCUAAAACUGAAGAAGAUGAAAAGGGCUGCUUGAAGAAGAGGAGAUUUGCUAGAAGAGGGAAAGGUGGAGGUAAAGUUAGUUGUGAAACAUUGGUUAUAAAUGAUUCUGCUCUGCUGAAUCCCGGAGUAAAUGACAGAAUCAGUACAUCACUUGGUCAGUCAGAUCAUGAUGCUAGUAAAUUGCCGGAAAGUUCAGGUCCAGAGGUAGUCAAAGACAAAAGUACUGUUGCAAGUAAAACUGAUAUGAUGACUAGAGGGAAACUGAGCAUAGAAAGUAAAGGGAAAAUGAAAUUGGAUGUUGAGUCAUCUUUAUUUAGUGGCAAAACAAAAUUGGACCCUGUGGCAUCUUCCUCUAGUGGCCUUAAAACAGUGAAAGAGAAUGUGAAUGGAAGUAGUGGCUCGGGCGUUAACUCAUCAGCAUCCGAUGAGGUAUUGCCAGAUGAAGUUCAGGUUAGAGGGACUAAUUUGAGUGAGAAUAGUACAAGAAGUGUACAUAGGGAACGAUUUAGAAAUUUUGCCCGCAGAAAUGCAUCUCGAUUUGCUCAUUUUUCUUCCCGAGAUGAAUUUGGUGGCCUUUCUCAUGAUGUUGCUGGAAACGAUGUCACACCUCCUGAAACCAGUACUAGAAUAGAGGAUUGGCCUGGCCCUUUUUCUACUGCCAUGAAAAUUAUUAAGGAUCGUGAAAGUAAUAGGAGUGGGGUGAGGCAUGGGGGUUCUACUGAUAAAAGUGAAGCUGUUGAGCUAAAGUGGAUCCCCGCGAACCAUGAGUCUUGCAAACACCAGAAGCAAGUUCCCUCUUUGCAAGAUAUAUGCUUGUCAAUUCUUUCCAGCAAUGCUGAUGCUGUCACUUCUCUUGACUUUGUCCCAGAUGCACUGAGGCACAAGAUCUGUUGGUUCCUUUGUGAUAAUCGAAGCAUGGAUGUUCAUUUUCUUGAAUUGCUUGUGCAUGGUACCCCAACAGAGAUUCGCAUAAGAGAUUGUUCAUGGUUAUCUGAGGAGCAAUUUAUCAAGAUUUUUGAGGGUUGCAACUCCAGCAAGUUAAUGGUGUUACAAUUUGAUCAAGGUGGAGGCUGUAUGCCAGACUACGUUCUACGUUCUACUCUGGCUUGUUCUCCAAAUAGUCUUCCUGCUUUGACAUCAAUAUCCUUGAAGGGUGCAUAUCGUCUUACAGAUGCUGGACUUAAUAUGCUUGCUUCAGCUGCUCCUUCUCUCAAAUCUGUUGAUGUCAGUCAGUGCCCCUUGCUUACCUCUGAAGGAAUCUGUUCUCUUGCCAGCUCACUGAGAUUAGUUUUAAGGGAAUUAUACAUUGAUAAUUCUCAUGGGAUAGAUGCUAUGCUCAUUCUCCCAGCUCUGCAAAUGCUAGGGAAUCUGGAGGUUCUAUCAGUAGCUGGAAUUCUGACUGUUUGCGAUGAUUUUAUUAGGGAAUUCGUCUCUGUACAUGGUUCCAGAAUGAAGGAGCUUGUUUUAGCAGAUUGCAUAGAGUUGACUGAUUCUUCUUUGGAAGUCAUUGGUGGUACUUGCUCUAAUUUACAAGCAAUAGACAUCAUGAACUUGCGCAAGUUGACGGAUAUUUCCAUAGGUCAUCUUGCAAAUGGUUGCCAAGCAAUUCAAAUGCUAAAAUUAUGUCGUAAUGCAUUCAGUGAUGAAGCUAUUGCUGCAUAUCUUGAUGUUAAUGGAGCAUCUCUCAAGUACUUGUCGCUUAAUAAUAUUAUCCAGGUUUCAACGCAUACUGCUCUAUCUCUUGCAAGAAAUUGCAAAAACUUACGUAGUUUGGAUCUAUCCUGGUGUCGCAAUUUAACCAAUGAAGCACUGGGAUUGAUUGUUGAUUCAUGCUUAUUGCUAGAAGUGCUGAAAUUGUUUGGCUGCACACAGGUUACGGAUGUUUUUGUUGAGGGGCACUCGAAUCCACAAGUGAAACUUAUUGGAUUGAAGAUGACUCCAGUAUUUAAAAAUAUUGAAGUUCCGGAUUUCCUUCUAGGUCCACUGAAAUACCCAUCUGCCUCUACUUGAGCUAAUAGUGGUACCAGUGCUCUCUCAACCUUUUGUUUCUUGUGCAUAAAUGGUGUAACAAUUCCUUUUUGGAGCUUAUUUUGAUCAUAUAUCCAGAAUCAAAGCAAUGUGUUAUUGUAUCCGGUAUGUUGUUGAAACAGACUCUGCAAAUCUUCAUUUUAGGUUUCUUUAAGUUCAGAUCA